AUGAGUUCCAGACUCAACCCCACAAUUGAGGAGCCAAGUCCUCUACCAGAGCUUGAACCUAGGAGUCCAAGGCGCUCUAUAUCUGAACCAGUAAGCCCCAGGGAAUCCUCGGGGGAUAUGGGAUACAGAGCCACUCGCCAACGCGAUGGUUCUAUGACAUGUUUCCCAAAACUUCCCUCGAGGACAUCUACCAGCGACUGGCUAACUCCCCUAGGUCUAUUUGGGGAAUCUAACAUAUCCGAACACCGAGAGACAGUAUCGGAUCUCUACGCUUGCGGCGUCGAUGCGCAUUGCGGCACAAAUAUCCCUCAGUCACUAGAGGUACUAGAGGAAUCGCCUCUACAGACACCAGUUCCAAUAAAUGAUUUCCCUUUCCAGGAGCCGCCGCUACAAUGGCCCGCUCAGCAGACCCGGGGGCUCGAGGCAAUUGGAAAGAGAACAGGCUGUUCUAUCGGCGUAUCUUCACAUCGUCGGAAGAGUAGCGUAAAGCCAAUGGAAAACCGGAUUCCAGAGCCGAACCACAAUAUUCUGGAUAAACUGCGCCGCUACAGCUUCAUGCCACUUUCGGACCAAACUCCGGAGAAUAUUCGUGAAGCUUCUCCUCCUGGUCGGACUUAG